UCUGUAAUAAGUUACAUUUUUCGCUCGACGAGCAUGAAAUUAUAAUUUAGGAGAUAAAAUCAGGAUUUGAAAAAGGAACCACAAUGGCUGACACCUUAACAGAAGAGAAGCUAAGUGAGCUGGCAGAGGCUCUGGCGGUAGACAAGAAUUUACCCAAGCUGGGUCUUAAACUCGGAUUCAAGAAAAAUAAGGUCGACAUGUAUUUGGGUAUCAAUAAUAGAAAUGAUAGUUUUGACGGUACCUCCAAUAUGCUCUUUGACUGGAAGAAGAAAACCCCAAGAAUUAAUCGAAUUCCAGAUUUGAAGAAAGCACUGAUUGCAUCUGAUUUGAUUGACUUUGCAGAGGAUUUUUUUCCUGAAGAAGGCAGUUCUGUUCCUGCACAAAGUGGUCACCUGACGCCAGGUCUUCUACCGCCCACCGAAGACUUCGACGAUAUGUUGGUAACUGUUGCAAAGAGAGUCCACAAGGACUCAGAAAUCGACACAUUAGGAAAACAGCUUGGAUUUACACCGGAAGAUACUCAUCGGUACAUAGCAACUAAUAACAAAACCCAGAAUGUAACAUAUGUUGGCACUCUUCAGAUGCUCCGUGAUUGGCGAAACCGUCAAACAAAUUCUACCGAGCGAGGAGCUUUGAAGACUGCUUUGGAGCAAUCUGGACAAAUGCGUCUUGCUGAUGAUCUCUUUCCUUAAUUCCUUCCAGACAUUAAAUACAUAAGCAUGACAGGAAUCAGUAGCGUUUCCAGAAAAGGGGAUGGGUAGGGUCAUGCUCUAUUCUUUGAUACAAUAGUGUUUGAUAAACUUCUACCAUAGUAAAUAUAUAAGACAUGGACUAAUAGGUUUCACUUUUUUCUUACAGUUCCAUUAUUUUGUGUUUUCAAUCUUUCUUUUAUCAGUCUUGUCUCACGGGUAGACUAUUUGUGUGGGUUUUUUUAUGUCCAAUAUACAAACAUGUUUAUAUCUGUCUGCUUGGACCAAGAAGGGAUAUUACUUUACACACAGUUUACUACGGAU